CAAAGUUCGUCGCGUGGCAAAAAUGUUAAAAGGUCGAAUUGGUCUAUAUAUUAUUCAGUCGCAAAGAGCGGCCCUCUUUUCGACCAGUCAACAGCGCUGGCAGACGAGUGCGGCUUCCGCUGAGACCAGAGAUGAUCCGGAAUGGCUGCAGGCUAAACCCUUCGAGGAGAUUCCACGGCCUAGUUCGCUCUCGGUGUUCAGAAAAAUGGCCCUGCCUGGUGGCAAGUACAAGGACCUCGAAUUUAUGGAGGUGUUCAAGGCCAUGAGAGAUGAUUACGGGGAUGUAUUCUUCUUGGGAGGCAUGAUGGGCAGCCCCCCCUUCCUCAUGACAUACAAUCCGAAGGACUUUGAGGUGGUCUUCCGCAACGAGGGCGUGUGGCCCCUCAGGCCUGGCAGUGACACCCUUCGUUACCAUCGAACCGUGCACCGAAAGGACUUCUUCCAGGGCGUGGAAGGAGCAAUUCCCUCACAGGGCAAGGCCUGGGGUGACUUUAGAUCGACCGUGAAUCCCGUCCUCAUGCAACCCAAGAAUGUGAGGUUGUACUACAAAAAGAUGUCGCAGGUCAAUCAGGCAUUUGUCCAGCGUAUUAAGGACAUCAGAGAUUCCACCACUCAGGAAGUCCCUGGUGACUUCAUAGAUACCAUCAACCGUUGGACCCUCGAGUCGGUAUCUGUUGUCGCUCUCGACAGGCAGCUGGGAUUGCUCACGCAGGAAGGCAAGGACACCGAAGCACCUAAGCUCUUCCAGCACCUGGAAGAUUUCUUUGUGCUCUCUGCUGACCUGGAGAUGAAGCCCUCGCUCUGGCGUUACUUUAAGACCCCCAAGCUGAAGAAAUUAAUGGCGGCCUUGGACGACCUCCAGAACAUCACAUUGUCAUAUGUGGAGGAGGCGAUCGUGCGCCUGGAGAAGGAGGCCAAGGAGGGAGUGGUACGUCCGGAAAAUGAACAAAGUGUCCUGGAGAAGCUCCUAAAGGUGGACAAAAAGGUGGCCACUGUAAUGGCCAUGGAUAUGCUUAUGGCCGGAGUAGAUACGACCUCGAGCACUUUUACUGCCCUGCUGCUGUGCCUCGCCAAGAACCCGGAAAAGCAGGAAAAACUGCGAGAGGAAGUGAUGAAGGUGCUGCCCCAAAAGGAUUCCGAGUUCACAGAGGCCUCCAUGAAAAAUAUGCCCUAUCUGCGUGCCUGCAUCAAGGAAUCCCAGCGAAUCUAUCCCCUGGUGGUCGGAAAUGCCCGAGGCUUGAUCAGGGAUUCGGUGAUUAGCGGCUACCGGGUUCCGUCUGGUACCUUCGUGUCCAUGGUUCCCAUUGGUUCUCUCACCAGUGAGGAGUACUUCCCGAAAGCCUCCGAUUUUCUACCCGAGCGCUGGCUGCGUAAUGCCAACGAUUCUGCCGGCGGCUGCCCGGCAAACGAUCUGAAGACCAAAAAUCCAUUUGUGUUCCUGCCCUUCGGAUUCGGACCCCGGAUGUGCGUGGGCAAGCGCAUUGUGGAGAUGGAACUGGAGCUGGGCAUUGCCCGACUCCUGCGUCACUUUACGGUGGAGUUCAAUCAUCCUACCAAGAAUGCUUUCCGCUCCGCUCUAGUCAAUUUGCCUAAUAUCCCACUGAAGUUUAAGUUCACCGAUUUGCCCAAUUAAGAUAGCAAUUUUUCUAUGGAUUUUGAUUAUUUUCUGUUGUGAUAAGAUGUGUUUUUGAUGAGUUUUUUACACAUUUUGAGGUAGCACUAAGUUCAACAAACAAAUAUAUUACAGAAAUUGUCACUAAA